UGUUUUUGUUUUUUUUUCGUUUUUUUAACACCACCCCCCACACACCCACACCCGCCCUACUAUUUGGUAAACAAUCUCCACCAGACCAAGUCCAUAUUGGAGGGACAUACAACGAUGGCAAGAAUCAUGACCUCAGCUUCCAGAGAAACACAGAGGAACUCUGGCUCCAAAUUGACGACACGAUUCAGAAAAGUCUCUACCCGCAGCAUCCUCUUGAUAACAUCAACCACAUUCGAGUCGGGUCACCACGCCAGAAGCUGUUGGAUGAAGAAGGAGACAUCUACAAGAAGUUCGUAGGAAGAAUUUACAAUGUCAUCUACAACCCACAAGGUGUUCCUAUCUAUCCACUGAAGGCCUACCUCGACCGAGGAGACUCCAAGAAGGUUCAAAUCUUGACUGGAGCUUUAUACAACUGCAGUGUGUCUGACUAUGUCCCACCUACAUACAACAUCCAAACUGAAACCACUGUCCCCAUGACAACCUCUCUGCCACAUCGGACAAUGACAAUGCCCCCCUGGGACAACUGGGGCGUGGACGUGUUCUACAUGAAAACCCUCUCCCCACCAAUCACUGUGCCAACCACCACCACCACCACCACCACUACCACCACCACCACCACUGUUGCCACGACUACACUCAACCCCCCCAACUUCAACUCCAGUAAAAUCUACAUUCCUGCCAUGGCAGAUGACAUGACCAUAGUGCUUAUAGUCGGACUGGUGAUCACGGCCGUACUGCUACUGACCAUCGUCGGAAUCCUGCUGAUGUGUUUCCUGAAGAAAGGCGACCGCUACCCGUUAGGCAAGGGCGAAGAUGUUGAGCUGAAGGAGCCAUUGCACCCGGUGGGCAAUCACACCCCGUCCAGUCCUGCCCCGGUCAACAACCACAACAAUCACAUGGCCACCUUUGAUGAGUUUAGUAUGAUCACGACCCUCCUAAACAACGGGGUAGACAUACCAGCGAAAGACAACAGCUACGACCCAGCCAACAGAUUCUCCAGCUCCAGUAUACCAUGGAUUGAUGAUGAACAGAACAUCCACCCAAUUUAUAACCGCAAAAAGAAGCGACCAGCUUCGUCCAUCUCUGAGGUUCUCGAAGUAAUGGAACUAAUGAGGAAGGCCAAAGAAUUGGGUGUUGACCCUGAUGCUGACAUCUCAAUGCCAAGUUCCCAGAACCCUCUUCAGCAAACUGUUGAUGGCAUAAUGGAAGAUUCCGGAGAAAGCAAAGCUACACGCAGCCCUAAUCUUGAUUUUUCUGAGUCCGACUCUGUCAACACUCUGAGCACAGUCGAUGUGUUUGAAGAUAAUGUGGAUAGAGUAUUAGAUAUGGACAAUAACUCCGUAUGUAGCUCACAGGAUUCUUCUGAGUCGCACUCGGCCAAGGCCCUGAGUACACUCGACGAGUACGAGGAAUAUUUGGAUAAAGUCUUAGAUACAGAACAUAACUCAAUAUGUAGCUCCCAGGUUUGUAACAAAAAAAAAAUACCAAAAACAAAUAAUAAAGAAUAACAAAAUAUUAAUCUC